AUGGUCGUACUACUCCAAUCAUUACCAAUCUCCUUCUUUGCGCUGCUUGUUCUCGACGUGCUGGGGAUCCAAGCAGCUCCUCAAGCUGCGGCGCUGGGAACCUGCAACAGCGGCCUCGCUAGGGCUGCCGCUCAAGCCCUUGUUGCUCCUGCCUGGAGUUCCAGGGCCUACGAAUUCUGCAGCACCUACAUUUCAGUGCCACGAGCCACGAAGAUUGUCGCCACUACAAGGCCUGCAGUUACGGACACGACCGUUUACGUGACGUCCACCAUAGCAACGAUCACGGUUCCAACGACUGUUGUGGGGGGCACCACGACAACGACUGUCUCUACAAUCACUCCUCUUGCCACUACGACCAAGACUACGACUGUCACCGAGGCGGUGGCCCAGGCCCCUACAAAACGGGAUGUUCAGAUCGAAGAGCGCCAGGGCCGCACCUCACUCUUGCCCAUAGUCAGCAACUUUGCGGCAUCGGUGGUGUCGAGCGCGUGCUCGUGCGUCAAAAACAGGAUACCGAUCAAGACAUCUUCGGUCACUGCGACCUCUCCUACACGCGUCACCGCCACUUCCACGGCUUCUGGUACGGCGACGGAGCCCCUCACAGUCACUAUCCAGGAAGUUUCCUCAGAAAUCGCCACGGCCCCCACCUCGACCGUGACCGUUCUCGAGACGACGACGGUAGCUGCUUCCCCUUCGUGCACUAAGAUGCUCUUUAACGGAGACUUUGAGCAUGGAGACUUUGAUUUCGGCGAGCUUAUACCAUUGCGAGGAGACGCCGGUCUUCCUGAGUGUGAGAUCAAGAAUCGGGACUCCCUAUCUCUCGGUCCCAACCCACCCUCAACAAGCUUUGGCUGGCUACACUGCCGCUGGACUCAUGCAUCUGAAGUGCAACUCCAGCAAACCCUUGACUUGUGCGUAAACGAUAAAUAUCACAUCGAGUUCACGUCCGCAUGGAAUUCGGAUGCUUCGAAUGCCUACGGCUCAAUCAGUGUGUGGUUGGCUGGGCGCAUAGUCUACCGGACACCUGCAGUGACCGAUUUUUCUCCUAGCACUUAUAAGACGAGCAGAACUGCCGCGUUUACAGCUACAAGCGACAAGAUGGACAUGCAGAUUAUCUUCAACAGUGCUUCUGGGGUUACGGGCUUCAACCUGGAUGAUGUCCGGGUUGUUAAGGAGCCGGCACCAUAG